UCCAAAGUGGCUGAAAAUGAGGCAGAGGCCACGCGGUGUGGUGAUCCAGAUGGAAAUGCGAGCUAGUGACAUGAUUUUUCAAGGCUUGAGACGGCCACUGGCGCAGGAGCGCGUUCAGGAAUCCAACGUCAUCUGACUGACAUGGACGAUGUCCUUUCAGGGACAACCAUGACUGCGACUCGGGCUUGGACGGCGGUGGUCGAUCGGUAGCCGGGCGCAUCUAAAGCGGAUCCAGAAUUCGGAAUGUGGCACGCGAGGUCGGAAUGUUCCGAAUCCGAGAAGAGGGUAAUUCGUUUGCGGAAGCGCCAAGCGAAGACUCGCCUAGAACCUGGAAAUGAUCAGGUGCUUGAUCAUGUAGGAUGUCGUCGCGAUGCUCUGCGCUCGCAUGUUGCUCGCAUGUUUCUCGCACGAUCCAUCUCGUAUGUAGGCGCUAGUUGGCUGGCUGAAUGGAGCACGGAGGCACAGUCAAUUGAAAAGCGCAUGUGACACAGAUACAUCCGAAUGGGUCGUCACGAGACACUAUGUUUCCACAAAGCGACAGAUCUGCUCUAGCAAGUGCGGCAGACGAGAAGAACAAGCGCAGCGAUGGUUGUGAAACAAGGCCAGUUUGCCGUCCGCAUUGCGAAACCUCUGCGAAGCGACAGGUAGCGAGUCAAAAAGAAGUCAGAAAGUUGUUGAGGGAACCAAAAAGAUGGGAGAUGCCAAAGAUCGUUGAUAUUCGAUUGGCAAGUGUGGGAACAUUAUCUGAUUGGAAAUCCUGGCUGAAAGUGUAAGCGAAAAAAAAAGCUCCUAGCAGCUCAGAAUCCGACAGCAGCGGUGGCAUUGCACUUGCUUGGAGAGUCUCAAAUACAAAAAUACCCCUUCUUUUCGAAAGGAGAGCUGACAAGUCCACCACCAAAGCUUCCGUGAGUAGGGAAGAAUCGAGAUCGCGGCAUCACGGACUGCCCGGUCCGUGCCUUAUUUGCUCCAAACCUGCUUGACCAACUGAUUGGUGCCUUGACUUCAUACUCUUCAGAGCAAACAGCCUGCCGCCUCCGAGCUGCAUCUCAUCUUCACCGUCAGCGCUGUUAUUGAGCCGACUCCGUUGCUCGAGCCGUGAAUGUCCUCGCGCACCUCCUUCCCAACCCGGGCUAUUCCGUGGUCAUCGUCAGGUUCACAUCGGCAAGCUCCGUUGGCCCCGCCGUCGCUCGCACUCGACUUUACAACCCCCCUCGAUGACGAUGCAUUUGCUGCCUUGACCGCCAGUGGCAUGAUUCCUGCCGCUGGCAGUCUUCCUACCUACCCGCAAUACCCUCGCCCCAAUGUUGUGAUCCAACCCUCGUCGCAAUGGCCUGCUCAGUACCCACCCUUUCCCCGACCUAGUGUGCCCCGUGCGACUGCUCCCCAAUUUCCGGGGUCCAAUCGCUAUGACGGUCGCUCGGAUGGUCGUCUAGAUGGACGACAUGAAACUCGAGUCGACACGCGCAUCGAUACCUUCGCUUAUGACCGGUCUAAUCCACCGCUUCCCCCGUCUCUUUGGAUGUCGCCCGUCAGCUCACACCCAGCUACGCCCUCCUUGGAGAACCCUCCGGAUUCUGCUCUCUCCCCCAUCUCCCCCAUUGGCUCUAAAAGCCCCCAGUUCACUGAUAUAUUCGACGAUAUGCUCUCCCAACCAGCGCCGACACCUCCGCCCCGAGUAUCGGGCUCCCCAGAACUGGGCGCUAUCCAACGAGAUAGCGCGGAAAGCCCGGUAACCAAGAUGUGGAAAUUGUAUAAUCACCACCAGGCGGCUGCCCCCCACGCCCAGCGCAUGGAGAACAUCACAUGGAGAAUGAUGACCAUGAAGCUGAAGAAAGACAAGGAUCCGACAGCGGCGACCGAUUCCGUCACGGAUACUCCCAGCCCUUCAACGGAAGCCUCUAUCAAGACGGAAUCAACUACUCUUGAGCGAGCGCUCGAGGAUCGAGGUCGAAGGAUCGACAAGGGGAAGGCGAAAGUACAAGUGGUAGGAUUUGACGGGCUGAACCAGGAUGGGGUGGAUGACGACGACGCUGCCCCCAUGGACUGGCGAGCGAUGAGCCGGUCGCGCUCCCGGACGAUGGACUGGACGCCGGCGAGCAGGUCCCGUUCACGUGUAGGACUGGAGCCGUUUGAUCGCUCGCAUCAUCAGCCUCCGUACGACAGCCGACUAGCAUUUCCUGCGUACUCCGACAGGUCGCGAAUGCCUGGGGGGAUUCACCUCCCAGGGUCAUCGAUCCCUGUGCCGGGUCGACGGAGUCCCCCGCACGGAUUUGCGCACGAGCUCUCGUCUGUGUUCGAGGACCCGCACUCUGACGGCCUGGACCCUUCCUCCGCUCUCGAAGCACGCUAUUUGCAGCACUCGCUGCCUUACAAUCACCCAAUCUCCAACCUCAGUAGCCCCACCUUCGGCCCGUCGUCCCUUCCCUCGUUUGGGCUCCACGGGCUGCCCCGUAUGCCGUCCGCCAUUCGAUCGCCGGAUCAGCGUGGCUUUCCACGACACGUCCGCAAGACCAGCUUUGACCACACUGUUUCCAAAGAAGGCAUCUUUGCUGCGGUGGGUGGGCGCCACCAGCUGAACGGGAAACCGCUCUCCCCUGAUGGCACAAUCGGCACCAAGCGCCGGGCGGAGAACGUCCACGAUGAGACUCUUCUCCGGGCUGAUCCGUCCAAUAUUGAUGGAACGUCACCGACCAUGUCACACGAUGAACCGUUCGAAUCGGGUUCUUUCCCGUCCAGUUCCUUCAACUUCACCUAUCCGCCUUACGAUGGCAUUUUCUCUCCAUCUGGGCGGCAGCAGGGCGGGCCCUCUAGUGACGGCCUCUCUGCGGCGGCCGCAGCCGCCUCUGCAGCCAUGGCCGAGAGCUAUGCCCAAGUCACUGCAACCAAUCUGGCUGACGAUGGGACCCUCGAUUACAGACAUCUAAUGGGAUUGGUGUAUCCUGAUCCGAGCCGCUCAGGAAUGGUCCAGAGUCCAUACACUCACGUUGACCCAACACAAAUCCUGUCAGGUCCGGAGGGCGGUUAUCCCAGCCUUCAUGCUAGUCCAUCCAGUGAUGGUUGGAACAAUCUGGGCUCAAGUAACCAUGCUUCGCCAGAGUCCCACAACGUCUCCAACGCGUCCACACCUCCAUCUAUAGAGGGACCUCCACCUUUGGCCUCACGGUCCAACGGUCGCAAAUACAUUCCUCUCAAGGCUCCGGCGCAGGAUACCCACUCUCGCAAGCAAUCCGGCUCAGCCACAUCACCGACUCUCGGGAACGUGCGAUCCUCUGCUAGCACGCCAGACUUCAGUGAACGGAAACCAGGCUCUGCUGGUGACGAUUCAGACGUCCCAACGUUAUGCACGAAUUGUCACACAACCAACACACCGUUGUGGCGACGGGAUCCUGAGGGACAGCCUCUGUGCAACGCUUGUGGCCUAUUCUACAAGCUCCAUGGAGUGGUUCGCCCCCUUUCCUUGAAGACAGAUGUCAUCAAGAAGCGUAACCGGGCUUCGGGUGCCCCGAGCAGUGCGUCGCGCAAAUCAGGUUCUAGUGGCUUGCCCAAGAUUGCAGCAACAACGACACGUCCCCGUUCUUCCUCCAAUUCCGCCGGCGUCAGUGCAGCCAAUCGUGCAGGCACUGGCGCAGCUGUUAAACGGCAGCGACGGACUUCCACUUCUCAGCAAGGUCCUGCCUCACAUUAAGGGUCUUAUCUAUGCCUUUCUUAAGUAUCUAGAAGAUAGUUUUAUAUAUCUAGGACCACAUCUUCUCUGUUUUCACGAGUGUUGUAGAGUGUACUAGUACGAAUAAUGACCCGCAUUCGAAGAUCGCUGUUGUCAUUAUUGUUCCAUCGCGUGAUAGAUAUCCAAUUCGCCCUGAUUUCGUUCUCUACCCCCAACUCUGGCUUCACGACUCGGACCAGCGAGGCGCGUGGCGGCCUCCGACGCGUCGCCAUCGUCCUCUCAACGUCUAUCACGAACAGAAGACGACUUCGAGAAAGCGCUCGCAUCAGAAAGCACGACUGUCCUGAAACCUUUCGACAAUCAACUAGCCUAUCCGGACUCCCCUCUCCCCUUCGAUUCAUCGAAACACCCUGGAACGCCCACAGUCAUUCCAGCAACGCCAUCGCCUAUGCAAGGCGGCUCAAGCUCUAGGAGAAUGCUGGACGCGUCACCGACGAGAUCCAGCGAAGAAUUAUUCUAUGACGCUGAAGAACCGCACAACGAUUCCAACCGAGAGAGAGAACCGACUAACAGGCGGUCGAUGUAUCGUGCACAGGGGACUUCUAGCUCCCCUGACCUCGCUACACUCCUGCGUAAGGCCAAGGAGCGCGGAGGCGUAGUCCCACCGGGUGUGAAAAAUACCCUGGAUCGACGAAGAUUUGAAGAGCCGCCUCCACUACCUAAUUCAUUCGUGUCGCCAUCGAAGGGUAAGAACAAGUUGCAAAGGACACCCACGAAUGGAGAGGGUCCGGACAAGCCUGCUAAGUCAUCCGUGCGUGCCAAAACGAGUGCGUUUCUCGGGAAGAUGUUGGGGCAGGGCACAGUCCGCGAGCGAUCGAAAACUGUAGACGACGGGGUCUAUUCGCCCCAAGCGCCAUAUACCCCACCUGUGCCACGUCUUACAGCGCAAUCUUCGCGAACGCCAGUCGGUUCCCCCAUCGCCGACGUUUUCUCUAGCUCCUCUCGCACUGCACCAAAUACCACGAAGCCGCUGCCAAGUAUGCCGCACCGGGAAAACAGCGAUGACGAAUCCCUUGUUAUUAUUGAGAAGGAUUCUCUGCAGUCUCCGUCUCCCGCUGCCGCUGCCGUGGCCCAACUCGCCUCGAAUGCGACCAUCACCCCUGGCUCACGCCAACGACGGAGCAUGAGUGUCAGCGAAGUAGAUGUGAAGAAACUAGUCAACACAUCGGCACGGAGGAAUGAACCGCUGGAUGAGGGUAUCAACGGGCUCCUAGACGACUUCGAAGGCCAGUUAUCCAAGCUGGCGCCUGCUGCAAACUUUGACCUCAGCGACCCAUCCUCGCCUACGCCCGCUGCUCGUCGAACGAGCAUGCCUCAGCGAGCCAAGACUGAGCCUGCCAGACCGACUGCUCCGCUCCUGACGCUCCAAUUACCCCAGUCGGAUACAGAGGCCGACGAUGCCGAUGCGAUUGUGCCUCCUCGAACGACUUCUCUCCAGAUGCCGUCCCGGGCUUUGACAAGUCCUCGGAUGGGCGGGAGACAAAGGGCCAGCCCACUACGUACUAGAAGCGGGCAAUCCUUUGGCGCAUCACCAGGUGGGGACGGCGGGAGGGGUUCAGGCCAUCUGCGCAUCCUGCAUGGCUCCAGCGCGUCUGUCUCAGAGCCUUCGCUGAUUCCUGUGGGAGAUAAUGGCCGGGCAUUCGGUCCUUUGUAUCGGACGUCACAGCAGGAUCUGUCGAUCAACGACCUCACUCUCACUCGCGCGUCGACACCCAGCCACUCUCCUUCAAGGGGCGAAGACUCGGAGGAAAUGGACGCUCGGGGCAAGGAACUCGCAACACGAUGUUGGAACGAGGACGAAGACUUUUUGGGCAAGGAGAAGAUUGCCGAGUGGCUGGGCGGGGUUGCCAGUAUCAACAAGGUCGCGCUGUACCAUUACCUCGAUUUUUUCGAUUUUUCAGGUCUGCGCCUCGAUAUGGCUUUCCGUCGUUUGUGCGCGAAGCUUUUUCUCAAGGCCGAGACGCAGCAGGUGGAUCGGAUUCUUGAACAAUUCAGCAGACGGUAUUGGGAGUGCAAUCCUGGUGGAGCUUAUGGCAGCGCAAAUAUCGUCCAUGCGGUCUCCUACUCCCUUUUGCUACUGAACACUGACCUGCACGUGGCGGAUCUCGCCACCCGCAUGUCGAGGAGUCAAUUUGUCCGCAACACGUUGACUGCGAUUCAGAUGCAGCUACAAACGAUCUCCAUUCGACCUUCGAUAACGGACCAAGACUCGAUCAGUCUGCGAGGCGGACGGACGGAGAGUAUGGACUCGACACCUCCAGCGACGAUGCGUUCGAAGCGGAGCGACAGCAUCACGAGUUGGCACAGUGUGUCCAAGGACGCGCUUGCUGCUGUCGCGGCGAUGAACGACCCGGCGGCGAAUGGAAGCACGCCCUCUGUGCAUGUUUCGGCAUCUGGCCAUGAGGCCCGUUCAUCCGUGUCGAGCAUAGUGUAUGGCCGUGGAUGGGAGAUGGAGAUGGAGAAUCUGCUCAAGGAGAUGUACAAUGCGGUCAAGAGCCAGCAGAUCCUGCAGCCUCUGAACACGAGUCGGUCUUCUGUCGGCACGCCCGGGCUUGGACCUGGAACGAUGCUCAGGAAUCGGAGCCAACGAGGGCCUCCAGAUAGGCUGGCGACGUUGAAGCGUGGGAGCAUCCGGGGACUGCAGUCGAUACUAGGAGCGCAAGGAAACAGUCCCUAUAGCAGCAACAGCAGCAUCGAUGGGCGGAGCAGUCCGUCGCCCAGUUUUGCAACAUCGACACAUGAGAACAUGUACAAUUCGAGCUCCUCGUUCUUGACGCCGACGCUGGGUUUCGCGUCGAAUCUAUCGCACACUAUCAUCAAAGAGGCGCAGGAAGACGAUGACCGCAGCGAGCAUAGCGAUGACUCGACGUCGACGAGCAUCAGCAUCAGCGAUGCCGAGCUUGCGUUGCUCGGUGCACCUUGGGCCAAGGAAGGCAUGCUGUGCCGAAAACAAUACUGGGAGAGCGUCGGCAAGCGCUCCAAGGACAAAUCGUGGCUGGACGUGUUCGUUGUCAUCCAGCGGGGAGAGCUGAAUAUGUUCACCUUUGGGGACAACAGUCCUGGGUCGUCUGGGGCAUUUGGCGGGGGAAACUGGCUGUCCAAUGCCAGAGCAGUCGGGACUGUGUUGCUCGCUCAUUCUCUUGCGCAUGCCCUUCCGUCUCCUGGUUACAACCGACAGCGGCCGUAUUGUAUGGUGCUCACUCUAGCUAAUGGCGGCGUGUACUUUUUCCAGGCCGGCACUGAGGAGCUCGUGAACGAGUGGGUCUCGACCUGCAAUUACUGGGCUGCCCGCACAAGCAAAGAGCCGCUGGCUGGGGGAGUAUCCAACAUGGAAUAUGGCUGGAAUCGGCUGGACGACUCGUCCCAUAGUCAGUCUGAGACCGACGUGCCGACCGACCGGUCGGAUGUCAUGAGCGUUCGUAGCACCCGGAGCACGCGCAGCAAGUUUGGAUAUUCGGGCACGAUGCGGGCCUCGCCGUGGGCGGACCGGACGGCCAUCAACGACUGGAAGCCACCGAUGCCACCGACAGUGUCCAGCCCGCAUGACGAGGAGACGCAGCUGGAGGCGUUGCGCAAGCACGUGGCAUCAAUGAAGCGGGAACUCAAGCAGCACAACGAAUACCGCGAGCCGAUGGCUGCUCUUUAUCAACCACGGAGUGCGAACGCUAUCAAGGCACAGAACAACUGGGAGAAGAAGUCGCAGUACCUGCUGACAGAGAUUGUCAAAUACGACUCGUACAUCGACUCUCUGCAGUCAGCCAUCUCGCUUCGACAUGUGAAACGGGGAGAAAAAGCCCUUGAGCGGGCUCUCAACGGUCAGUCCGCGGACGACAAUCUGCGCAAAGGCCGGCUCGGGCUGGAAGAUACCAUCGCCGAAGCCGAGGAACCGCCGACACCAGCCAACAAGCUCGCCUUCGGCUCCGUUCAUGACGACGACGACUAA